AUGGCGUGUGAAGAGGGUGGGAAGGGAGGCUGGGCCCUGCUCGGGAAGGGACCCUUGGGGUCGCCUCAGUCAGGCUCCUGGCCCCGGCGCGGCAGCACCAGCAGCGAGCCGGGCCGGGGAUGCCUCUUCACCUGGACGCGGGGCUCGCCUGCAGCCCCCUCAUCUCCGGCCCUCGGGGGCUCCCCUGAGCCCCGGCCUCAUGUCCGAGCCCCCAUGGCGGGCAGGGCGGCGGGGGGCUGGCGGCAGCCCCCGCGCGUGAGCAUGCAGGAGCACAUGGCCAUCGACGUGAGCCCGGGCCCCAUCCGGCCCAUCCGCCUCAUCUCCGACUACUUCCCGCACUUCUACCCCUUCGCCGAGCCCGCCCUGCGAGCCCUGGACGGCCGCCCCGCCGCGGCCCCCGCCGGCCGCCCCGCACCCCCGCCGCAGCCCGACCCGGAGGAGCCGGAAGGAGACUCGGACGACAGCACCGCCCUGGGCACCCUGGAGUUCACGCUGUUCUUCGACGCGGACAACAGCGCCCUGCACUGCACUGCGCACCGCGCCAAGGGCCUCAAGCCGCCAGCCUCGGGCUCCGUGGACACCUACAUCAAAGCCAAUCUGCUGCCGGGGGCCAGCAAGGCCAGCCAACUCCGGACGCGCACGGUCCGCGGCACCAGGGGCCCGGUCUGGGAGGAGACGCUUACCUACCACGGCUUCACCCGCCAGGACGCCGGGCGCAAGACCCUGCGGCUGUGCGUGUGCGAGGACCCGAGGCUGCGCCGACGGCGGAGGGCGCCUCCCCUGGGGGAGCUGCGGGUGCCCCUGAGGAAGCUGGUGCCCAACCGAGCCCGCAGCUUCGACGUGUGCCUGGAGAAGCGGCGGCUGACGAAGAGGCCCAAGAGCCUGGACGCAGCUCGCGGCAUGUCCCUGUACGAGGAGGAGGAAGUGGAGGCUGAGGUGGCCGGGGAGGAGCGGGGGCGCAUCCUGCUCUCCCUGUGCUACAGCUCCCAGCGGGGCGGCCUGCUGGUGGGCGUGCUGCGCUGUGCCCACCUCGCACCCAUGGACGCCAACGGCUACUCUGACCCCUUCGUCCGCCUCUUCCUGCAUCCAAACGUGGGAAAGAAAUCUAAAUACAAGACCAGCGUCCGGAAGAAGACCCUGAACCCCGAGUUCAAUGAGGAGUUCUUCUACGCAGGCGCGAGGGAGGAGCUGGCCCAGAAGACGCUGCUGGUGUCCGUGUGGGACUAUGACCUGGGAACUGCCGACGACUUCAUUGGUGGGGUGCAGCUGAGUAGCCAGGCCAGUGGGGAGCGGCAGAGGCAUUGGCGUGAGUGCCUUGGCCGCAGCGACCGGCGGCUGGAGCUGUGGCACCUGCUGGACGGAGUGCCCCUCCAGCUCAGCGACUAGCAGGAGCACCGCCUGACCUUGACCUCCCACCCCCCCAUAACUGACCCACCCCAUCUGCAGAGUUGGGAGCACUGGGGGCUGCCCCAGCACCGUGCCUAGUCCUAGUCCUCCCUUCCCACCUUUCAAGCUCACCCCACCGCCAACUCACAAAUAAACAUCUCCUCCAACCAGCCCAGACAGCCUGUUCUUUCUCUGGCGCAAG